UUUACGGAAAAAAGAAAAAAGAGGAAAAAGAAAAGAAAAAGGAAAAGAAAAGAAGAAGAAAAAGCACAACGAUCGUUCGGUCAAAUGACAUGGGAAUUUGCAGCAGGAGACACUUUCUAUUGACGAUAUGCAUUCUGCAACUUAUUACCACCGUAGAGCGUCAAGUUUUCGACUUUCUGGGGUUUAUGUGGGCCCCGAUACUGGUCAAUUUUUUCAAUAUAAUUUUUGUUAUCCUCGGAUUUUUUGGAGGCUUUCAAUACAGACCUAAAUAUAUCAUAUCGUAUUGUAUAUGGAACACACUUUGGUUAGGAUGGAACAUAUUUAUGAUAUGCUUUUAUCUCAGUGUAGGAGUACUGGAUAAAAAUAGUGAUAUUUUAAAUCUUGGUACCGGUAGUUUCUCCUGGUGGCAUGUAAAUGGGCCCGGUUGUAAAGCUGUAUAUGAUGUUACUGAACCAGAAUUAUUCAGGCCAGCACGUCCUAGUAAUGUGACGGAUUGUGUACUGGAUUAUGAAGUAGUAGAAAUCCUACAUGCAUCUACACAAUGUCUUUUAGGGUUAAUGGCAAUUAUAGGAGGGAUCUGUCUAAGUAAAGUCUUUUUAGAAGAAGAUGAUAGCUUACAAAUUAAGAAGAAGAAGAAGAAGAAAAAGCAGCCUCGGCCAUUGUAUAGCAUUGAAUAUUCUCAACCAGAGCCUCCUGUACACGAUGACAGUGUAUCACCUAAGCCAAUGACACCUCGAAGAGUCAAGAGACGUUCUGUGAUAUCACGAGAUGGUACACGUCGAUCCAGUCGAAGAAGUUCGGUCAGACAAUCACGUCGAAAGAAUCCAGUUAAUCGAAUAAUGGAUCAUCAGGAGAGUCUUUAUGCUAAUACAGCACCAAGUAAUUUAACCAAUCAAAAUGUAAACUCUUUGUCUCAAGGAACAUUGAAUUAUGAUAGGAUUUCAGUAAGUUGGGACAGAGAUAGAAAUUCCAAUUGGCAGCCAGAAGCUGUGAAUAUGGCUGUCUCUUCGCCAACGCUUUGGACUGGACAAGAUAGUAACAAUUAUUCAAAUACAAGUAAUUAUUCCAAUCAGAAUCUGCCCAUCUGGGAUGGAAAUAGCUCAACGAGAAAUCUCACUGACAAUUGGCAAGAAAAUGAUUUGAAUACCAUGCAAUGGCAAGGUCAGAGUAAUCCAACUUUUCAACAGACUAGUACUCAAAGCUUGAAUGGUGAGGAUCUUGAAGAUUUGUAUAGCAAUCGGCCUGCUAGUGCUAGAUCAAGUUAUAGCAAUUAUCAUGGUGUGAGAGCUACACCUCAGGUACCUAGCAGAACCGAUAUUGUUAGACAGAGUCAAAGACAAUUUGUUCUUAGUGGACCACCAGCGUAUCAGGAUACAGUGAUAUAAUAUUCUAAUAAUGUCCUAAUAGUAGCCUAGCAUUAAUUUUUUUGUUCUUCAUCGAAAAUGAGAAGGCUAGUUUUUUAUCAUUUUGAUGAUUUUUAAAGCUUUACUUUGAUACGGACUGACACAAGAGGAAUAGACUUUGUACAGAUUUUAUUUAAGACUUUUAAGCAAACUCUUCAUUGUGCGUUACUGUUAAAUCAGGCUCUUGUUUCUUUUUAGCAAUUUAUGUUUUGGAGAAGUUAGGAUAAUAAUUUGUGAAUUUCAAAAUAUUAUGAAUUAGCUUAUAUUAGAUUUGUAUUGUUUUAUACAAAAAUACUUAUUUAAAUGUAUGAACUUUAUACUUUUAUCUAUCUCGGAAACAAAAGAAAAAAUUUCCAAAUUUUUAUUUAAAGAACAAUUUUUUAUUUUUUGACAUUCACAAAUUGCAACCCUAACUUUAAAAACAUUAACAAUUUAUACAUUAUACAGAGUAAACUAUGUAAAAUAGGUAAUCUCAAUAUUUUUUAUAAUAAAUAAUAAAAAAUAUUGGCACAAUCCUGUUUUUAUAGAUUCACUCAGUAUAAAUAUAUACAUAUUUACCGACGUCAUGCCUUGAAUCUCAGGUUUUAGAAACAUUGAAAAUUUUACGCUGCUAGGGAUACAUGCAUAUUAGUAUAAUAUACUAUCUAUAUAUAUUAUUUUUAUCAGCGAAUUUAACGACACCGCCAUUAUUGUAAUUUAAAAAAUAUUUCUCUAAAUGCUCUCAUUAUCAUUUUUAUUCUCCUUGAGAAUGGCUAUGAUCUUAUUCAUUGUGAAUGAAACUUAACAAUUUUUAUUAUAUAUACUAUGCAUCAAAUUAAAACAUUGCACCUCUUAAGUCAUCUGUAAAUAAAAAAAAAAAAGAAGAGGAAAUAAUCUCUUACAAAAUUAAUCAAAAAAGAUAAUUGUUUGAUUAUUUUUUGUCAAUAUGCAAUAUUUUUUAUUGAGAUUUUUAAAAGAAAAGAAAAUAAAUAAGAGGAAGAAAAAAGAACAAAAAUUCACAUAUACAUAUCUAAAAACGUGAACAUGCACGUUUUAAUUAUAAAUAUAGUCUUCCAAUCGACAGAUUUAAUUAUUAAAAUUAGGCGAUAUCUAUAUAG